UUGAAACAGAUCUCCUUCCGGCUUGUUCGUAUAGCCGGUCAAGAUGGCUUCUCAGCAGCAACCCGGUGGGCCGAUGUCUCAACCUGGAUUACAACAGCCUACUACACUACAACAGCAACAGCAACAAUUGAGCCAACAGCAAGACUUUGAUCCAGUUCACAGAUUUAAGAUGCUCAUUCCACAGCUGAAGGAGAGUCUACAGAAUUUAAUGAAGAUUGCAUCCUUGAAUCUGGCCCAUAACACGUCGAUUGAUAACGGCAUCAAAAGCAGCGACGCUUCUGUUCAGCGAUUUGACAAAAGCCUGGAGGAAUUUUAUGCUCUUUGCGAUCAGCUGGAGCUGUGCUUGCGGCUGGCAUAUGAGUGCCUCUCCCAGAGCAUUGACAGUGCCAAACAUUCACCCAACCUGGUCCCAACAGCCACCAAGCCGGACACAGUGCAGACAGAGUCCAUGUCUUACGCCCAGUACCUCGGCAUGAUCAAGUCUCAGAUUUCCUGUGCUAAAGACAUCCACAACGCUUUGCUUGAGUGUUCCAAGAAGAUCGCAGGAAAGGGACAGCCGCAGGGAAUCAUGUAGACCUGGACCCACCCAACAAUUCCAACUCUCUGCCUCUGGUGACUUUUUGUUUUUGUUUGUUUGUUUUUUUUUUGGAGAAACGUGAUGUGAAUUCAUAUUUGAAUUCAUAUUCUUGUAUUCAGAACUCAGUUUUGCACUGCAUCGCUCAAGAUGCUGUUUCAUUUUUCAAGAUCCUGUAUAUUUGGUUAAGAUUGUUUCUAAGAAAGUUAUAUUUGGUAUAAAUGCUGUGUAAAUAGUCCCAAUAGAGUCAAGUUGUAAAAUGACCAGCAGGUGGUGGCAGAGUUGCUACUUCCAACUCAAUAUUCACAAGUCUUUUGUAGCUUAUUUGUAUUAAAUAUUAAAACCUUUGUACUUAAA